CCAAAGGCAAAAUUAGGGUUGUGCGCCACAUUUCUUCAGCCUCUAUUAGAAACCCUAGAGAACAACCAGCUUCCCUUAGUUUCUCCAACAAUGGCAGAACAGCUAUUCCUUCGUGGAACAUUGAAAGGUCACGAUGACAUGGUUACAGCCAUUGCUUGUCCAAUCGACAACUCCGACAUGAUUGUUUCAUCAUCUCGUGACAAAUCAAUCCUUGUUUGGAGUCUUAACAAACAAGGAGGAGAAAACUAUGGUGUUCCUAAACGUCGUCUUACUGGUCAUGGUCAUUUUGUUCAAGAUGUUGUUUUAUCAUCAGAUGGUCAGUUUGCAUUAUCUGGCUCAUGGGAUGGUGAACUUCGUCUCUGGGAUCUCAACACUGGUGUUACUACACGUAGAUUCGUCGGUCAUACUAAAGAUGUGUUAUCAGUUGCUUUCUCUAUUGAUAACCGUCAGAUCGUUUCUGCUUCAAGGGAUCGUUCUAUUAAGCUCUGGAAUACUUUGGGUGAAUGUAAGUAUACGAUUCAGGAUGGUGAUUCACAUACUAACUGGGUUAGUUGUGUUAGGUUUAGUCCUAAUACAUUUCAACCAACUAUUGUUUCUGCUUCAUGGGAUAAGACCGUCAAGGUUUGGAAUUUGACUAACUGUAAGUUGAGGAAUACUUUAGCUGGACACGGUGGGUAUGUGAACACUGUUGCUGUUUCACCUGAUGGUUCAUUAUGUGCAAGUGGUGGUAAAGAUGGUGUUACCUUGUUGUGGGAUUUGGCUGAGGGUAAGAAAUUGUAUUCACUUGAUGCUGGUGGUAUUAUCCAUGCUUUGUGUUUUAGUCCAAAUAGAUAUUGGCUCUGUGCUGCUACCGAGGAAGGUGUUAAGAUUUGGGAUCUUGAGAGUAAGAGUGUCGUUCAGGAGUUGAAGCUUGAACCCGAUGCAGGAAAGAACAAGACAUUUUACUGCUCAAGCUUGAACUGGAGUUCAGAUGGAAGUACUCUUUUCACUGGGUACACUGAUGGCGCCAUUAGAGUUUGGGGAGUUGGCCGUUUUUAAGAGAGCUUCUUAUAAACCCCCUGUAGUAAAUCUUUUUGAUGGAUAUUGAUCUCUAUGGAAGACAGUAGGAGCCUAGAAUUUUGAAUCAUUUAUUUGUUCUAUUUAUGAACCAUGAGCCGUUAGAGAUAUGAUACUUAUGCAUUUUACUAUAAUUUUGUUGUUUGUUUCUUUGUGUUAAUCUUUUUCCUAGACAAGCACCUACUCUUUAGGACACGGUAAUCAAGUGGCUGUAUGUUGGUCAUUUGCUUCCAUAAUAGUAUCAGUUAUAUAUUACUAAGCUGUUUUAGUUCCA